CGGGGCAUGAGCAAGUGGGACUGAGUUAGCAACAUCGAAGGAACAACUUAACAACAUCAACAUGAGUGUCAACACUGUGAGGUUGGCUGUGGGUGUACUUGGUGUUUUUGGAUGGUGUCUGACACUCUCCUCAGCCACCCAAGUGGGUCUGAGCGACAAAGUCCUGGUGUUUCCUUAUGAGACAGACUUUAGCUUUGUGGCCCUGAUCCCGCAGAAGGAGAUGGGGCUGAGGGCCUUCACUCUCUGCAUGCGUGUGGCCACUGAGCUGCCGGAAGAACGUCAGAUCAUCCUGUUCGCCUACCGCACUGCCGACUAUGACGAGCUCAACGUGUGGCGUGAGCAGGACGGACGCAUCUCCUUUUAUAUGAGCGGUGACGGCACCUUCUUCCACCUGCCGUCCCUUACCACCUUCCGCACCAGCCUCUGCCUGACCUGGGAGUCUCGCACGGGCCUCACUGCUUUCUGGGUGGAGGGGAAACGCAGCACCUACCAGGUCUACAAACCUGGGCACAGCAUCCGUCCAAAAGGCACCGUCCUCUUGGGCCAGGACCCAGACAAACACCUGGGAGGUUUAGAGGCCGUGCAGAGCUUUGUAGGGGAGAUAACAGAUCUGAAUAUGUGGGACUUUGUGCUCUCCAGGAGCAUGAUCCAGGCCUGGCACUAUGGGCACAAGGUCCCCAAGGGCAACAUCUUUGACUGGGGCAAUAUGGAGUAUGAGCUGAACGGUAACGUGAUGGUGGUGGAUGAUGAUUGA